UAGCCGUUGAUGAGGCAGCCAGUCUUGUUUUUUCCCUUCGCCUUUAUUAAAGGCCCACCAACAUUGAUUUCGUUCUUGUUCUUGAACAGUAAUCACCGUUAACAGAGCAAAGUAGAGACACUCCUGUCUGAUGGCUAAAGCCGCCUUCUCCCUCAUUUUCCUGCUCUUGUCCUUGGCUUUUGGAUCAGGGGCUCCUGUAACUGUUGUCAAUGGGCAGAAAACUUGGUGUGUGGCCAAGCCAUCAUCAGACCAAGCAACUCUACUGGCCAACAUAAACUAUGCCUGCUCUCAGGUGGACUGCAAGAUCCUCCAAAAGGGAGGCCCGUGCUUUUACCCCGAUGAUCUCACGAACCAUGCCUCCGUCGCCAUGAACCUCUAUUAUCAAUCACAUGGAAAGAACCACUGGAACUGCGAUUUCCGAAACUCUGGCCUCGUGGUUGUGUCUGAUCCAAGCUACAGCAAUUGCAUCUACACAUAGGAAGUCGCGUUUGCACUAGUAGUAGGAGGACUAGAUUUUCUCAGGAGGAAUGUCAUGGUAGAGAGUAGCUGUCAUUUCCUCGAGACAAGUCUGAGAUGUGUUCUUGUGCUUCAGGUCAUCUUUGAUCACUGUUCUGAUAUUGACGACAUUGAAGAGGAGUGUGCCUUCUUUGUUUGUUUUCCCAUAAGCGGCGGACUAGUAACAAAUAUGAAAUCUAUUUUGAAACAUGGCACUGACUUUGAAACCUACCAAUUCAUUGGUUCGUAAGA